GACGCGCCAUUUACCUGUGCUGUCAAUCUUGGCUCACAUAUACUACGUCUUGCCUCUUGCAGCCCGUAAGUAACAGAGAAGCUGCAAUGGCUCACCGCCCCGGAAAGCGUGUGGCUGUGAUUGGAGCAGGCAUAAGCGGUGUUUCGAGUGCUGCUCACCUGUUAAAACAUGGCUUAGAAGUCGUUGUGUUCGAAAGGUCGAGCAUCGCCGGUGGCGUAUGGCAUUUCGACCCUAGGUCUGCUCAAGACCCGACGUAUCCCAACGAGCAGCCUUCCAGGGGAGAUUAUGAGAUCAGGCCGGAGUUGGAGUAUCGCACACCACCUCCAGAAGUCUCAGAAGAUGACAAAGAGACGGCCGAGGAACUUGAGAUAGCUCACGCACCACCCGGGCCUUGUUACGCCGGGUUGAUGAAUAAUGUAUCGACGCGUGAAAUGAGAACGAGCCUCCAAGCCUGGCCACCAGGGACGACCGACUUCGUCGGCCAGAGUGUUUUGGAGGAAUAUAUCCAGAGCAUCGCAAGGGAUCAUGGGGUAGCAAGCGUCACUCAGUACAAUACCCGUGUGGAGAACGUGCAAAAGGUCGGUUCAGAGUGGGUGAUUCGAACAACAACACUCCGCAAAGACGCCAUUCGUGGAUGCCACUUCACGGAACGGCGGUGGGCUUUUGACUGCGUUGUCGUGGCAUCGGGACAUUACCAGAUGCCUCGAAUCCCCGACUUGCCAGGGCUGCACGGGUGGAAGCAGGCGUAUCCAGAAAGAGUAUGGCACUCGAAGAAGUAUCGAGAUCCUCGACAAUUCAAGGACAAGAAUAUCCUUUUGAUCGGCGCGGGCGUGUCAUCCUACGACAUUGCGAAAGAAUCUGCUCCGUAUGCGCGUCGCAUCUUUCAAAGUUCUCGUGGAGGAAAACUAGAUCUUCCGGCGAGUAUGAUGCCCGAGAAGGCGACCAGGGUCGGCGGAGUUCGAUUGUUCAAACUAGACGGUGGCUGUAGCAAUUCCGAAAAAGAGGUUGCAGCGCUACCGAUACCUGGAAAGAUUGUGCUCGAAGACGGCGAGGAACUGUCUGAUAUCCAUGCAGUGAUCCUCUGCACGGGGUACAUCACUUCCUAUCCGUUCUUUCCUCAUCUUCACUCCGACACAACACCGGCGCACGAGGCGGGUAAGCAUGUGCUGGUUACUGCCGAGGGAAAUAUGGUACACAAUCUGUACAAGGACAUUUUUUACAUCGAGGACCCAUCCCUCGCGUUCGUCGGAGCACCUUACCAUAUCGCGACUUUUUCGCUGUUCGAGUUCCAGGCGCAGAUCGUGGCGAGGGUUCUCAGCGGCAAGGCUCUGCUGCCGUCGUACGAACAGAUGCGCGAGGAGUACGCAGAACGCGUAAGGACCAAGGGGUUGGGAAGAGACUUCCACAGCUUGAGGGGAGAUGGCCAAGAGAUUGCCUAUGUGGAUGACUUGGUUGCUUGGGCAAACACAGACGCCGAGGAACAGGGCAUAGAUGACAAGAUGAAAGGGCACACUGAAGAGUGGCAUGCAGCCUACCUCGAAAGGAAGGAGAGGCUGAAGUUUUUGAGAGUGGACAAAACUGGACAAGGAGAAGACACAGACCUUAGACUCGAGGCCCAAGUCGUGUAGAGAGAGUUCUAUAGUCUUUGGGCGUUAGGGUGUUGUUCAAUCUGAUAGACAUAGAAAAUUCAUCAAGG